AUGUCUCGAAACGAACAAAGUUGGGCCGCUACCAAAGAUGAUUCUAUAAUAGUAAAUUCAUUAUUUGAGAAUAUUGUAUUAUUCUUUAUGACGGUAUUCGUAUUGCUUUGCGGUUCAGAUAAUAAUAAUAAUUCAAGCACACAACAUGAGAUCCAAAUCCAUCAUUUUUUCUUACCGCAACAACAUAAGGCUCUUUAUAACAUCCUUAAAAAUUAUUCAUCUAAACAAGAUUCCCAUCAACCACAUGGAAUAAUGAAUCAUAAUCAUCAUGGUCGAAAGAAUCCUUCAAUCGCUGCGAACUGA